UGGGCGCGCGGGUUCGGCGUGUGCGCGCGUAUGUAUGUUUGAGAGAGCGGAAUUAGGUUGGAAUAACGGAGCGACUGCUUGGACUGGAGGCUUUACAUGACUGAUCACCUGCUUUAUGAAUGUAUGGAGGCUUUUCAACUGGAUUCCGAUCUUCCAGACGUAUUAAAUAGUUUUGGGGAUUUGGUGCCAAUUCUAGGAGUUGACUUUUGGUUAGAUUUGUGGUUAAAUUUCCUGCAUUAGAAGCGCUUGGUGGACGGAUGCCCAACUUGUACCCAAAUUCAAAGUUGUCCUUUUUUUGGCACAUUUCUGAAUUGAUGAGUGACGUGAAACCGGGCCGCUUCAUCCAGCCGAGACGCGCCGGCGACCCGUAAACGCAGUCGUUCACACGUCCAAAUCUCUGUAUCAUGUCUUUAAGCAGAAGCAUCGAGUGGGAGCACUUUGAGGAGAGGGAAAAGGCAUCACGUUCGGGGCGCGGAAGCGCAGCCGGUUCUCGUGGACCGUCCCGUGGAAACGGGAACGGCUACGGCUCCGUGGCGAGUCCUGCGCACAGCGCGCACUGCAGCUUCUACCGGGCACGUACGUUGCGCUCACUCGCCGCCGAGAAGAAAGCACGGAAAGUGCGCUUCUACCGCAAUGGAGACCGUCACUUUGAGGGCUUGGCGUAUGCCGUGUCCGGAGACCGAUUCCGCUCUCUGGAUGCGCUGCUCAUGGAGCUCACGCGCUCUCUGACGGACGGCGCGAGCUUACCGCAGGGGGUGCGCUGCAUUUAUACUAUAGACGGCGCGAGGAAGGUUACCAGCCUGGAUGAGCUUGUCGAGGGUGAGAGCUACGUCUGUGCCUCCAACGAACCCUUCCGCAAAGUGGACUACACUAAGAAUGUGAACCCCAACUGGUCUGUGAACAUCAGGGCCGGCAUGUCACACUCUCUCUCCUCUUUACCCCUACUAAAGAACGAGCUGAGGGAGCGAGAAAACAAGGACUUCAUUCGUCCCAAGCUGGUGACGGUGAUCCGGAGUGGUGUGAAGCCGCGCAAGGCCGUGCGCAUCCUCCUGAACAAGAAGACAGCACACUCGUUCGAGCAAGUGCUCACAGACAUCAGCGAUGCCAUCAAGCUGGAUUCAGGAGUGGUCAAGAGGCUCUACACGCUGGAGGGAAAGCAGUUCUUGUUUAUUUAUUUUAUCUUGUCUCUCUUUCUUUCUCUCUCUCUUCCCCAGGUCACUUGUCUGCAGGACUUUUUUGGCGAUCACGACGUGUUCAUUGCGUGUGGUCCGGAGAAGUACCGCUAUGCUCAGGAUGAUUUUGUGUUGGAUCACAGUGGUAAGGCUUGUGCAGCCUUUCUAAAUGAGUGCCGUGUGCUGAAAUCUUCUUGUUCUUCUCGCUCCACUACGCCAGUGAAGUCCAGUGGCAGUAAGAGUCCAGCACGACGCAGCAAAUCUCCUGGAUCAGUGAGGAAAACUUCUUCAUACUUGUCCACUAAUGGACAGUCUCCAGUAAAAUCCCCAGUUAACGGAGUGCUUCCCAACCUGAGUCAAAUUUCCACCCCCAAAUCCACAAAGUCCUGCAACUCAUCCCCCACGAGUCCCCGCAGCAUGCGCAACUUCAAGUUUAGUUGCAACAAGCGGAUUGGGGGCGCCUUCCAUCUUUCUGUGAAGAUUCCAACUCAACACUCGUCUGCAUCUAAUGUAAGCGUCUCCUCCGAGCAGCAUCAGCCUCAACACUCCGACAGCACCAUCCCUGAGGUUAAUGGAAACAGGAAUCCUACAGCCUCGGCCAUCGUGGAGAAGUACAAAGUGGGAAAAGUUAUCGGCGAUGGGAAUUUCGCAGUGGUAAAGGAAUGUGUUGAACGGUCAACUGGAAAGGAGUUUGCCUUAAAGAUCAUUGAUAAGAAUAAAUGUCGUGGUAAAGAGCACCUGAUUGAGAGCGAGGUGGCUGUACUGAGGCGGGUCAAACACCCCAACAUCAUAAUGCUGAUGGAGGAAGUAGACACGCCGUCUGAGCUGUAUCUCGUCAUGGAGCUAGUCAAGGACGGAGACCUGUUUGACGCCAUCACGUCCUCGACGAAGUACACAGAGAAAGACGCAAGCACCAUGGUGUACAACCUUGCCGCUGCUCUUAAAUACCUGCAUGGGAUGAACAUCGUCCACCGAGACAUCAAACCCGAAAACCUGCUGGUGUGUGAGUAUUCGGAUGGCACCAAAUCUCUGAAGCUGGGGGACUUUGGCUUGGCGACGGUGGUGGAAGGUCCACUGUACACCGUGUGUGGGACUCCCACUUACGUCGCCCCAGAGAUUAUAGCAGAAUUAGGUUAUGGUUUAAAGGUGGACAUCUGGGCAGCAGGUGUGAUUACCUACAUCCUGCUGUGUGGCUUCCCACCUUUCCGGAGUGAGAAUAAUGUGCAGGAAGAACUGUUUGAUCAGAUCCUGCAGGGCCACUUGGACUUCCCCUCUCCGUACUGGGACAACAUCACUGACUUGGCCAAGGAGCUGAUUGGCCAGAUGCUUCGGGUGAACUCUCAGAUGAGGUACACAGCAGAAGAUAUUCUGUGUCACCCCUGGGUCACGGACAAGACAGCUGUGGACAACAACAUGAAGAUGGAGGUGACAGGGAAGCUCAGGAAACACUUUACCUCCGCACAGAAAGAGGGCAACACCAACGCCGGCGUGUCUGUUAUUAUGAACACAGCUCUAGAUAAAGAAAAGCUGCAGCUCUGCCGUCGUAGUCAGGGGAACAGAACCGCCCAGCCCCAAGGGGAAGGAGGAUUGGGACACAGCCGCUCUGAGAAGAAAUGCCCCUCUGGCUUAUCAGAGGACACCAAAAGCCCUGAAGCCGACCCCCUUCAGGCUUUACCCUCCCCCUCGCCCUCCUCCGAUGUCCCUCGCGUCCCUUCGUCCCCGUCCUCUCCUCGGUGUAGUGAAGAACCCAGCGAAGAGCCAGCUUUCAAGCGGGAGGAAUAGACCUGCUUACAACUGGGAGAGGAAGGAAGACUGACCCAAAUAUAUAUCUAUAUUUACAAUACAUGUUCCGCUGAUUGAAAUCCAUUCCAGCUUUUUGCUUUUUCUCGAGCGGUGUUGCUUUCUUGAAAACAAUCUAUUUGGAAACAAAAGAAGUGAUAUGAAUUUUGAAAGCCAUUCAAUGUUUUUUACUAUUUAAACUUAAACCUUGAUUUCAUAGCAUUGAAAUAUAUUACAUCAAAACACAAACAUUUCUACCCGUUUUUUUUCCAUCCAGCCAUCCAUCCAGCUCAAUAAGCAAUAAUUACAGAUGACUGCUUUAAAUUCAAGUGUUUAUUUAAACAGCAUUAGUAAGAUUUCGCUGUAAAUCUGUUCACACUCUUCAUAUAUAAUUGUACACUUUCAGUCCUGGAGCUGCUCUAACAUUCCUGAGAUUCCAUUCCGUUAUCCGAGCACAGAUGAAUAAAUCCUGAACCCCAGGUCAGGAAGCUAAGCGGUGGCUCCAUGGCUCCAUGUGUGAACAGUUCAUGCUGGUGGAGGUGGAGUAGCGGUGUGGGGAAUGCACACAUUAGGCUUCUUAAUCUGUUUAUCCUUCAUCCCUUCUUCCUCACCACCUAACACAUGCUCGUUUACAGCCGUUGACUGACACCCUUAUCCAGAACAACUUGCAUUUUUUAUCUCAUUUUAUACACAUUAGUGGACCUGGGAUUCAAACUCACAACGUUCUGAUCAGAGUGAUCAAUGUUCUGAUCCAUCACCUUAACCACUAAGCUGCCCCAUCCCCCACUGUACACAUCAUCACACUGUAUAUGUUUGUAACCGUGAUGUGGAGUGAACACUAAACACUGCUGUGCUGAUCCUGCUUCAGAGCAGAGUUUUAUAACCCCUUGUGAAAAAGGUGUGCUUCACAAUCCUGCUUUUAUCUUACAUGUGUGAAACGUUCAUAUACCUGGGAUUAAGAGUGGGGUUUAGAAUGACGAUAACUUGGAAUUAAGACCAGCGUUUAGAAUGACGAUAACCUGGGAUUAAGAGCAGGGAUUAGAAUCACGAUAACCUGGGAUUAAGAGCAGGGAUUAGAACGACGAUAACCUGGAAUUAAGAGCAAGCUUUAGAACGACGAUAACCUGGGAUUAAGAGCAGGCUUUAGAACGACGAUAACCUGGGAUUAAGAGCAGGGAUUAGAAUGACGAUAACCUGGGAUUAAGAGCAGGGAUUAGAAGACGAUAACCUGGGAUUAAGAGCAGGCUUUAGAACGACGAUAACCUGGGAUUAAGAGCAGGGAUUAGAACGACGAUAGCCUGGGAUUAAGAGCAGGCUUUAGAACGACGAUAACCUGGGAUUAAGAGCAGGCUUUAGAACGACGAUAACCUGGGAUUAAGAGCAGGGAUUAGAACGACGAUAACCUGGGAUUAAGAGCAGGGAUUAGAACGACGAUAACCUGGGAUUAAGAGCAUUGAUUAGAACGACGAUAACCUGGGAUUAAGAGCAUGGAUUAGAACAACGAUAACCUGGGAUUAAGAGAAGGGAUUAGAACGACAAUAAACUGGGAUUAAGAGCAGGGUUUAGAACGACGAUAACCUGGAAUUAAGAGCAGGGAUUAGAACGACAAUAACCUGUUAUUAAGAGCAGGGUUUAGAACGACGAUAAACUGGGAUUAAGAGCAGGGUUUAGUACGACGAUAACCUGGAAUUAACAAGCUCUGAACUAACUGAACUUAACUGAACUAUUAACUGAACAAACUCUACUGAACACUUUAGCGCUUCAGGACUGACACUCUGAGCUUCACUGACCAAAUAUUAUUUAUUACAUUGGUUAACAUUAAACUUUACCCACAAAUUAUUUCUAAAGUUGAAGUAAUGUUAAUAAAGUGAUAGAUCAAAUUAAAGUGCUAAUGACAGUCAAAUAUUUUGACACCCUCCACUCACAAUUUCACCUUUAAUUAAUCUUUUUUGAUUAAACAUCAGAAAAUAUUUCCCUGAUUAUUCACAUUAUUAUUUUGAUUUUGUUUUUAAUCAAUGAAUGCCUUCGAAGCCGAAGUUGCUUUCUUCAUGAUAAAUAAUGCAUUAAAUAACGUCAUGCCAAUUAUUUAAGGGAACCGUAUCAAUAUCAGAUGUUACUGUACGAUACUCUACAUUCUCUGUUGAAAUGAAAAAAAAAAAAGGUUUCAUUGUGGGAUUUGUAUCUGUGGCCUCCAGCUGUGCUGUCAGCGCUGCACAUCUGUCUGCAGCAUGUCUCCAUUCCCCGGGGGAGUGUGAGAAGUUUUUGUAGUGUGGGUGUGUUUAUAUAUUAAUAUAUAAAACGCCGUGCAGUGUUUGUGUGUUUAAAGACGAGUGUCUGCCUUUAAAGGAUAUGUGAGCGUUUUUUAGUUAUUUAUUGUGAAUCGUUGAGCAAGUGAGCGAGUGUGUUGGUGUGAUUAUGACUAGUGUGUGUGUGUUAGAGAGUGUAUGUGAGAGUGUGUGUGUGUGUGUGUGAGUGUGUCUGACUACUAGAAGACUUGAAAUUGCUUUCAAUUUUCUGGACUGUACAAGAAGAAAUGAGACUUUUGCUUUUGAAUAAAUGAUGCGUAGGGCUGAUUGUAGGUUAAUGAACAGGUUAAUUAGGAGGUUAAUUAGGAGGUCAAUUAGGAGGUUAGUGCCUCUCUGCUAUAAGAUGCUGUAAUUCUGCAUUAGUUCUGCUUGAAUACCUUCAUGUUGGAAGCAGUGUUAUUUUUUCCUUUACAUGUUUAGACACUUAAAGACGCCUCUUAAGCUUUUCUUCUUUUCACUCGAGUCUCUUCGCUUCUAUAGAUAAAAAAGGAAACACUGACGCAUGAUAUAUCCUCGGAUCUGAAUAUAAACUCAUAAACUCUCUCUCUCUCGUACAGAAAAACACACCUUCAGCAAUAACUCUUCUUUCACUACAAUAUUCAGUGUAUUUGUUCUGAUGUUGUUAGAAACCUCACACACUGCAGCAACAAUCUGUUCCUCAGUACUGUUAAAUCUAUUGCAAAUGCUGUUUUCAGUUUCAUUUCAAUUUCAGGCUUAUUGUGUUGUGUUUUAGUUAAAAGUGGCUUUGUGUUAAGGAGUGAAGGUGAAAUAAAGGAGAAUAAAGUUCUUA